AUUAUUAUCAUUAUUAUUACUACGAUUAAUAUUGUUCUUCUUCUUCAACUAUAUUUCAUGAUUUCCGGCCGUUCUCCCACGGCUAUGACUCCUGCUAACUCGAGUACAUGUUUCAAUUGGUUCUACAGUUGCCCGGAUGAUGAAACAGUUGCUAUCUAUCGUCUCCUUGGAUUGAAUCGAGAAGGCUUUUCUUUUAGUGCAUUUGCCUUUGUUGGAGAUUACACUGAGGUGUACAUUCACUGUUCAGUGAAGGUCUGUGGUGCCGCGAAGGCUCAAUUGUUUCGAGACGCAGGAUGCCCCUCAGAAACUCCACCUCCCGACCGCAAACGUCGAUCUUCGUCCUUUCUGUCCACUCAGACAAUCAGUAAUGGUCCGAUUCACAUCCGUCGCUCAACCAGCGAUAUGGUUACUGAUGAUUUGUCUUCCUACAUCCCCUUUGCGAUGCUCCUCCUUGGAAUGAUAGCAACAUUGGUUGCUAUGGCAAUCCUGAUGGGUGGUCAACCUUGUUCGUAUCUCGACUGAUAUCAAUUACUACGAGCGAGUUCCCAUUGAAUCCAUUGAAGGAAUUUAGAAGUAAUAAAGAAGUGCUCCAAAAAGGGCCAUCGAAUAGAAAACAGUAGAAUAAGGAAGUUCAUAACGUUUCUUCUCAUGUAUUUGUAAAAAUCUCUCGUUUUGUCUCGUCUAGAUUAUUGUAAUUCGCUACUCCAUGAUUUAUCGCUUGAAGAUCUUAACUCCCUUCACCUCCUCCAAAACAAAGCAGCAUGGCUCGAUCAUUCAUUGUAAACAAAAAAUUGUCCACGUCUCCCCUCUCAUCACUGAUCUUCACUGGCUACACGUUAAUAAUCAUAUUAUACACUUUCAAGUGUUUCAAUAACCAGGCCCCAGCAUAGCUAGGUGAUCUAUUCCGUUUGCACACAUCCAUGUAUAUACACGAUCAGCCAGUAGUAAAACACUUACCGUCUCUCGAACCAGUAAACACUAACCAGAGAGGUGAUAGAUACUCUUAUGUUAUUGCUCCAAAGACCUGGAACUCCUUACCCCAUGUACUUAAGAAUUGCCUUACUCUCAGUUUUCAAAAAGUGUCUGAAAACACUUUUCUAUUUUGUUCCUCUCGGUAUGUAAUUAAUGUAAGCUUCGUAAGAUAAUGUUGUCUCUUUCUGCUUGUAAGUGGUGGUGGUUGGUGGUGGUUAUUUUACCUGACUAAGAAGGCAUACAUGCUUGUAAGUAAGCAACCAGACGGUCAAUGGCUUUAGGUCCUCUCAGAGUGACCUGGUAAUGAGGAUUAAUGCCUUUACUUGUAUGCGCUUUGUGUCUAAUCAAAAUUAUAAAUUUAAUAUUAUUAUUAUCAUUAUAUAUUAUUAUCUAUAUAAGGGUUCCAAGUGGUACAAUAAAUCAGUGUAUUCAAUAUC